CCCGCUUUGCUCCCAGGCAAUCACAUCAAUGCCGAUCGCCAGGUCCCUACAUUGCUACACUUCCAUUCCGUAUACCAGCCCACAUCUUCGUGGAUAGGAGCCUUGCAGUCCGAACGUAUAGCUCAAAGCUUUCAGCCACUGGCAGGACGGCACCCCACGGCCAUCUGCAACAGACUUUCACAGACCAUAAAGGCAGACGCCGGCUCUUCUUCUCCAGAUACUAUCUUGGCAUCGCCCGCAUGUCCCCGAUCGCCCCGAGGUCACCUUAGCGCCCCUUGCUCCUACCUUGAUCAAGCUACAGCGCCUAGGCCAUCGCUGUUCCCCCACACCGAGCGAUGUUCCUCCCCCGCACAGCCUCGACCACCUCCCUCUCGACCCUCUCCUCCUUUCGGACUACCGACACCCAUGCGCGGCCAAUCCUGCCCGGAAGCUCCAUCGGCUGGUCCAAUGCAACGACGGCUUCCAGUACAAUCAACGUCUCGGCUCAGGUGCAUUACUCGCUCUUGGCUUCGCGAUACAGGCUUCUCAGCGCUCAGAAAGGCCUGGGGAUCGCAGCAGGAGCUCAGGGGCUCGUUGAGCAGGAUCUGAGUGGCAGGACAAGGGGAGAAGGAAGCUCGACUGGCAAUUCUGCCGGAGGCCCCUCUGACCAGGCGAAGAAGGCGGCCACUGCCAACUUGCAGAAUCUCUUUGCCGGGACAAGGGCAAGAGCAACCUCUAGUGCCUCGCAGGCAGGACCCUCGUCUGUGCCUCUCACGGCUGUACAAACCUCGGACUCUGCUCGGGACUUUGCGGGAAGUACAGGGAGAAGCGCUGCAUCGCAUUCAGGUCGACAUGGAAGCACGAGAAGCUAUGCUAAGGAGCGUCUGAAAGUCCAGGAGGUAACGGAAGAGGUCAUCGAAGCUGCGACAGAUACUGGAAGAUUAAAGUGGGAAGCAAAGGCUGCUCUCCUCUCUGCUUCGCCGUCGCUGGCUCUGCUUCUGCUGAUACGAGCGGCCACCCUUGGAAGCGUCUCCGCCUGCAUCUCACUUUCCGCCCUUUACACCACUGGAGUCAGUCGAGGUGUUGAGCCUCCUGUGACUCUUGUCUAUCGAGAGCCUCUCGCCGCUCUUGCUUGGGCUCUGGAGGCAGUCAGGCUACUCAGACGGAGAAUGGAAAAGGUCAGACGGUCAGAUGGCGGAUCUGGUCAACGGACUCGAGUGGCACAGAAGCAGACUCAGGAGAAGGAUGCUCUAGAUCAAGUUGCAAAGAUAUUAGCGCUGAUAGAGAGGCUGCUCAGGACGAAGGAGGUAGCAGCCGAUCUAGGCCGCUCAGGAGCCGAUAGGGCCGGAACGACUGACGGGGAUAUCAGACUGCCCGAUCUCCGUCGUCUCCAGGCUAGAGGGAGGAAGCGGACCACAGAGACAUUUGCCGAGGGUCUUGUCGAUCCCGCAAGCGAAACGUUCCCUCAGCUAUGGCCUUCAAUGCUAGAAGCACGACUCUGGCUAGAGGCAGAGUUGUCAUUCCUGACCGAGAGCAGAUACCCUCAGAGCGAUGCCUCUAAUCGAGGACCUGAUGACGAGAGUGCAGACGAACUACCGGCACUCAUACACGUUGCAAGGGUUCAUGUCGCAAUCGUCAAAGCAUUAGCAUUGACCUAUUCGAUCUGCAAAGUAGGCGUGCUAGAAGACAAGACCAUACCUAGCCUCCGCAGUGCUUGGAAGCUCGGAGAGACGGACGGAUUACCGAUUACGGUAACUGACGAAAUUCGACAGGUUGUCGCUACAGCGGACGGCCUGAUCCAGGAGCUACAAGACGGGGCAGUGGAAGGUGAAACGAAGACUGUCCAAGAAGCAGGACGCCGCCUUUGGGAGCGCCUUGACAAGACACUUCCAGAGUCUGUUGUGCCCGUGUUGGAGCAUGUAGAGACCCGAUCUACAGCAAGACCAAACCCUCAGAUGUCGUUGCAAACUACCGCACGAGGACGCAACAUACCAACGCUACGCAGCACGAAGCAGCGGCGACGCUCUCUGGAGACACUAGCACCUGUUACAGCUGAAGACGCUCGUGCCCAACAGCCAGUGCUACUGAGAGCCCCUACAUCGCCGGCAAAAGACCGUAGUUCUAGCGUGGCAGUGGAUCCUACUAUCUCCGUGCCUGGUCGCUUUGUGAAUCUGCCUUCUACGUCAUCUUCCCAUCGUCUGCGGACCAGAACGAUCAGCUAUGCAGGACCAAACAGCAAGCCUUCUGAAUCUCUCCUAUCCGCACCAACAAAGGUCUCGAGUCGUUCAACGAAGCUCGGUCGCACUUCCGAAUUGGAGGGUCCCAGUCCAUCUUAUUUGCAUCACUUUGGCGCACCCGCAGGACCGGCUGACAAGCAGCUAGUGAGACGACCUUCCUCGGUCAUGUCUGACUCGCCAUCCCUCCUCUUUGGUGAUCAAGGGGAGGAUCCAUUGGAGCCCUUGGUUUCGCUGGGGCUGCCGAGCUCGUCACGCCGUGGAGGUGGAAACCCCGAACAGCGCCGGACAACUGAUCCGACAGCACUCACUUCGAGGCGUGGGACAGUGACAAGCCUGUAUGGAGAACCGUCGGUCACUACGCAAACUGUGACUACGUCUGGCACGUCGUCAACAGCUUACGGCCACGUAGACUCCAGUGGUCUGUUCGAUCCCACAGCAUCUCUGAGGGAGACGCAGGUACGCCGGCGCAGGGCCGACUCUUCUGCCACUGUUGCUACUGGCGUAUCGAUACGCUCUAUGCGAGCUAUACAUGAUGUGAGCAGAGACGAGGAACCCCUUGACGAUAGGUCAGACUUGGGAAAGCCGGUACAAGUAGAACAGCCCGUCGCCCGGGCGCCACAAAGCGGCUUCAGGCUACCGCGCUUCCCUUCCAUCAGAAGUCUCAGCGACUCCCUUGUUCCGACUGCUUUACGAACAGAUGGAAAGGAGAAGGAAAAUGUUGAUGCAUCAGCUCCUCUGCUGACUGAGCGUCUAGAGCGCAAGUUGGCAGAGAGCUACGCUGCGCAACAGCGCUCGACGAGCGGGGGCAAAGUCCCACAAAUGCGGCGGCAAGAUAGCUCGCAAUCCCUCGCCAGCCACUUCUCGACGACCAGUCGAAGGACGGGUCUGGCUUCGCUUCGAGCACCGAGCUUCUACCCUGCUACUGGCCAGGGUAGAGGCGUAGCGCCUAGUCUAGCUUUCUUGCCCCCGGGCAGACUUGUGACAGGUGCUACACUGGCGACGACGGCUGAGAACGCCGAGCUUGGUCCUUCGAGCAUGAGGAACAAGCCGACGACAGCAGUUGGCAACGGCAGCGGCAGCGGCAGCGUGAGGCAAGCUAGCGGGAAAGGCGCUUCGGCUUUGAGCACGUUGCGAGCCCUCAGGACGAACACCAGCGUGCCAGUCGCUGCUGUUGCAUCUACCCACACCGACUCCGCCGUGCCGGCGGGUGUAGCUAGCAACAAAGGCCACGAGCAGACUUCUCAGCACGCCAGUAGAGGCUCUCGCGCAUUCGCAGGAAUCGACCCAACCAGUCGCAAGACGUAUGCCACUGGCAACAGCAAUGGGGCCAGCAGUGCAGGUCAUAGCACACCUGCAUCCCCUUCACGCCCGAGUGCAGCCUCCAUCACCGCCAUCAAGUCACCCCUGUCUGGCGCUUCCCCACCAACAUCCCCUCGUCCACCAUCAGACCGAACCUCUUCCCAUCGCAGCUGCGACGUGCUGGAUCCUGCUCUAGCGGAAGCAGAGGAGGCAUCCCGCCUCAAGACCACUACUGGCUGUCAUCUAUGUGGAGUGAGGUGCGUGAACGCGCCGCUGGAUCGAAAGGGACGGAAAUUCUGUUCGAGGACAUGCAGAGUGGAAAUGAAGAAGAGGGAAAAGGCCGAGGAUGGAAGUAGUAGCACGGCUUCUUCGUCGUCGCAAGCGGCACAUGUGUCUUCUCUGGUCUCUGCCAAGAGCUGAGCUCGGCUCCCACAAUGUAUAUAAUGUAGACUAGAAUCGAUAGAGGAAGACAUUGAGGUAAAUUUUCCAUAG